AGGGCACAAGGGCAAGUUUGGACACGAGUUUCUGGAAUUUGAGUUUCGGCCGGACGGCGCUGUAUGGAAGGCAAAAUGUCGAGAAAAACGAAUGAGGCCUGCUCUGAAGCGGGGAGCCCCACGUGUAGAAAAAUGAGUGUAAUGACGUGUUUGGGGUGCCUAAAUACAGUUGUUCCCUAUAGGAUGCAUUAAGACUAUAAAGAAGGGGCGUGGUUAGUUCUACAUGAAAGAGUCGCAGUCUUGUUAGAGAAGGUGACAGUUGAGGAAAACUUAGAUAUGCUAACAACAGCAAUUAUAAAAAUGAUGUCAUGAUCAGAAAGGAGGCUUAUGUACACAAGAGUGUAAUGGAGGAACUGAAGAGAAUUAUUGAUGACAGUGAAAUUACAAAAGAAGAUGAUGCUUUGUGGCCUCCCCCUGACAGAGUUGGCCGGCAGGAGCUUGAAAUUGUAAUUGGAGAUGAACACAUUUCUUUUACCACAUCAAAAAUAGGUUCUCUUAUUGAUGUUAAUCAGUCAAAGGAUCCUGAAGGCCUUCGAGUAUUUUACUAUUUGGUACAGGACCUGAAAUGUUUAGUUUUUAGUCUUAUUGGAUUACAUUUCAAGAUUAAACCAAUCUAAAUUGUAUGUUUUUUGAAACUUGUUUAUAUUUAAUUAAGGGAUGGGUGAGGGAGGGUUUGUCAUUUAUGAUAUUGGGGUUUUUAUGAAUGUGAAGCACGCUUCUUUUGUAUGCAAAUUGAAAAUAAGAAAAUACAUACACAGGCUUAAUGGUUAUCUUCACUUGGGUCCAAGUGGAUUGGAUAGUCCCCACACACAUUAAAUUCUGUAAAUAAAAGCCACCUUUAUUGAAGUUUUGCUCCAAUAAAACAUAUCAA